AAAUUCCCAGGCCAGUGUGACUGGAGGACAUCCCAAUCUAGUGGUUAGAAUGCUUUUAUAUUUCUAUUCUGGGUUUGAAUCUUGGCCUAGAGACUGGAUCCUAAUUUUUUUCAAGGCUUUAAUCAGCCAUAGACAAAUUAGGCUUUAUCUGCAUCCUUACGUAUUCUUUUCAUUUCAAUAAUUUUCCUGUCAUUUGAUGCUGUGUAGUAUCCGGACAGCAUCAUUAAAGAAAUCGCAGACACUACUGAGAUUUAAGUUUUGCUGAAUGAAGUUUAACAGUGAUCUACACAACUUUAUUUAGAAAGUUUAUUUAAUGAAAUUUUUCCUAGGACAUGUUUCAUUCAUACCAUUUCAUAUCCAGAUAGAAAGCAAUAGAUGUUCAAAAGACAGGAAUGAUCAAUUUCUAUAUGGAUGUACUUCACAUAAGCCAUAGUGUCUUUAUCAUGAGAAUUUUUGUGGUGGUAAAUGUUCAGUUAUUGAAUUAGAAACUUUAAAAUGUAAGGUAAUAUUUGUGGUGUUACAAUUCUUGAUUUAGUAUAAUGUGUCCUUAGAAUCUGCAUUGAAAUGGUUGUAGAAAUAUUGAUAUGAAGUAGGAAUUGCCAUGGCCAUAUUUUUAAACUUUAAAUUUGAAAACGUGUGGAAGUAAAUUUAAUUUAUAAUGUACUAAUUUUAAAAUCAAGUAAGUUCUGUCUUGUGGCAUACAAUGUACUGAAUUUAUGCAACAAAAUAUUCCUUUUCACUACUUAUUUUCCAUGACCAAACAGUUUAAUUCAUAUAAUAUACUGAAUAUCAGCUGUAGUAAAAACAUUUAUAACUAGGUUUGUAUAGUUGUGUGCCAUUUCCUCAAAAAGCAUCUUGCUGUUAUGUUAGUGAAGUUGCGAUUUAAGGUUACACUGAUUUUUAUGAGGUCUUCUAUAUAGGGGUUAUAUCACGACUUGGGUCAUUGGAAGUAGCUGGUUAUGAUGCAGCUAGUAUUUAACUUGGUUUUUCUUCCCAUUUGCUUGAAGAUGAACAGAACCGGCGUCUCAGAUGUACAUUUUUUCCUUUUUAGAGAUGGUACACAAAGUACUCGUGAGAAUAAAUUGUAAGCGGAUGAAGUAGCAAGAGGGCGCAAAAAAAAGCAUUAUGAGGAGCUUCAUAAUUUGUCCAUAUUCUAUCUACGCAAUAUAUGUGAAAUUAAAAAGUAGCAUAGUAAAAAAGAACGGGAAUCCUUCCAGAGAUUAAAUGAAAGUUGAUAAGAUGAAGGCACAGGAAAUACAAAUGGCAUGGAUCAUAUGGCAGUACAGUGAAAGACAGCAUGAAGGAAGAAAUGCCUUGGAAGACAUGCAUGAAAGGAUGAUAUUAAAGAUGUUUUCGAAAUGGAUGACGGAUCAGCAAAUGGAUUGUGCAUUAGAUUUGAUGCGGCGCUUGCCUCCACAACAGAUAGAAAAGAAUUUGAGUGACUUAAUUGACCUUGUACCCAGUCUUUGUGAGGAUCUUUUGUCAUCAGUUGAUCAACCACUAAAAAUUGCUAAAGACAAAGAUAUGGGCAAGGACUACUUGUUAUGUGAUUACAACAGGGAUGGUGAUUCAUACAGGUCCCCAUGGAGUAACACCUAUGAUCCUCCAUUAGAGGAUGGUUCAAUGCCUUCAGAACGCUUGAGAAAAUUGGAAAUUGAUGCAAAUCACGCCUUUGAUCAAUACAGAGAGAUGUACUUUGAAGGAGGAGUGUCUUCAGUAUAUCUGUGGGACUUGGACCAUGGUUUUGCAGGUGUUAUUUUAAUCAAGAAAGCAGGUGAUGGCUCAAAGAAAAUUAAGGGUUGUUGGGAUUCAAUUCAUGUAGUUGAAGUACAGGAGAAGACGAGUGGUCGCAGCGCUCAUUAUAAGCUGACAUCUACAGCCAUGCUGUGGCUACAGACGAACAAACCUGGUUCUGGAACCAUGAAUCUUGGUGGUAGUCUAACAAGACAAGUGGAAAGUGAUGCCAGCGUGAGUGAGGCAUCACCACACAUCGCCAACAUCGGGCGGAUGGUGGAAGAAAUGGAAAACAAGAUCCGCAAUACACUCAAUGAAAUCUAUUUUGGGAAAACAAAGGACAUUGUGAAUGGGCUUCGUAGUAUUCAGCCCCUAGCAAACCAACAGCAGCAGGAUGCACUGCGACAAGACCUCGCACUAGCAUUUUUGAGGAGGCAAGCUAAGGGAGACUCCAAUUGAAAUCACGUGGUCCAGUGGUCAGCAAGCUAAUAAACUGAGAAUAAACUGCUCGUCGUGUACGGCACGAAGUUAACUUUUGUUUUGGCUGUAUUAGCGCUGGUGAUUGUGUAUAUAACUAAAAUGCCUGGAUUAUAACACAUACAAAAUUCUGAUCAAUGGAGGUGGAUAUGUACUAGUUUAGAUUGUUUGUUGACAUUUUACAGAGGUUUGAAAUUUGUGAGAUGUAACCUAAGGAAAUGUCCUACGUAAGCGAUAACAAGCGAGCUGCAUAAGCAGCAUGGGGUGUCACAUGAAGCGGGGAAUCGCUUGUCCUGUCCUACGUGAGAGACCGCAAUAGAAGCACACGGCCUUCCUGCGCACGCACCUUCCAUGUACUGCACGGUCAGAGCUUCCUUGCGCAUGCGCCUUACUGGCCAGCGCAUCGAUUCGCGCGAAAAUAUCAAAAUAUUUGAUCUCGGACUUUGGCCGCUUCCCUCUCCUGACCGCUUCGCUGGAACCUAGGACAGCGCCACACAAACGGCCAGUUUGAUAUUUCCGCUUCACCCACACAACGCGCACCGCUCGCAUUUAAUUGCUCACGUAGGACACCGGGUAAGACUACCUCUCCAAGGAAUCCUAUCUUAACAUAACCAUUGACGUGCAGAAUUUUAAAACUUGCAUGCUACUGUCACAUGCUUUAAACUCUGGGCAUGUUAGUUAGAAUUUGCUGGCACGAGUGUUUGGGUAUGAAUCACUUCUCCUUGUUCAGAACUGGCAUGUAUUUGGUCCACAUAGUUUAUGACGCAUUUGUUACGAGUGUCUUAUUUUUUUAUGCAAUUUGUAAAAUGAAAUAUAUGUAUAUAUACUGCAUUGUCAGAUGUUGUUGGAAAGGUUCUAAGUAAUGACGUGCAUACCGGCAUAGUAUUGGCUUGUCUGUCUGUCUUCCGGAUUAUAUUUCUGGGAAUCGAUCGCUUGUUCCCAGUCUGUUCAGCUAAGCCUUGUACUGUUGUUGUUGAACAUUGUUAAGUAGCCAUCUUGUUGGAUGCUGUCAUCAACUCUGAUAAAUCUGUUUAAAAGCUAAAUUGCUUUUGGCUGAUUCACUGCUUUUACCAUUCAGUGAUAUGAUAUAAAGUUUAUUUACAAAACAUGAAAAGCCACUUUUUUUUAAUUUCCUAGGACUCGGUUAUAGAAUUGUGUGCUGGAUGAGACUUACUGUGGAGGAUGGUCACUUAACCCUUUGAUGUUUAUGAUUUAUUUCCAUCUGCCACACACCGAAUAGUUAUAAGGCUUCUUCACAUCUUAACAAUUUCAAUAAAGGCUUCAUCAAAUGAUCCAAGUAGGUAAGAAUUUUUCAUUUUCAUAACAUUUCUGUGUUUACUUUGCACCGAUUGGCCAUUUUGAUUAAUUUC